UUAAUGUCUACCAAGAUAUCAUCUCUCUGAUUGUACCGUCAUUCUAAUAUUAAGUGCAGUAAUUUGCCAUAUUUAUGGUUUCACAAGCAUUUCUAAUGUAAAAACCGAAAUUCACAUGUGUACAACAUUUGCACUGCUUAUUUCCAGGGUUUUGAACUAAUACCGCAAUAAACUAUCAGUGGAGAUAGUGAAAGCAGAUUGACCUUGGAGAAAUCAUGUUCAGAAUUUGAUUCAAAUGGAAUCUACAUUUUCAGAGGAGUUAUUGAGGAUCUACUACCGAAGACUUUUCCCAUGCGAUCUGUUUGCACAGUGGCUUACAUAUAAUUCUCGAAGUAGUGGGCUUUCUAAAAGAGAAUUCAGUUUCACACUGAAUGGUGAUAUCUAUCUUAGAUAUCAGAGUUUUGAUUCGUCGUCGGACCUUAGGAAGGAUCUAGUCAAGCUAUGCCCUAUUAAGAUUGAUAUUGGGGCAGUUUACUCAACUUCUCCGAGGCUUCAUCGUUCAAUUUUAUCUUCUUCACUCAAGCCUGAAUGGAAAGAAUUAGUUUUCGAUAUUGAUUUGACUGAUUAUGAUGAAGUUCGUUAUUGUUGUGGUGAACAAAGUACUUCUGGAUCUUCUAUUUGCCUUCGAUGCUGGCAACUUGCUCGUUCUGCAGUCCUCUGUAUCGACCGUGCCUUAAGAGAAGACUUUGGGUUCCAGCAUUUAUUGUGGGUGUAUUCAGGUCGUCGUGGAGUUCAUUGCUGGGUAUGUGAUCGUUCCGCUCGGCAUUUAGAUCAAACUUCGCGUACAGCUAUCGCGGAGUAUUUAACUUUGGUUAGAGGGGGUAACGGUAAGAAGCCCACACUUACUGCUGGUAACUUCUCAAAAUCUUAUGAUUCACAUUCACAUGGGAAUAUUGAGCCAAUUUUUCAUCCUUGUGUGGAUGCAGCUUGUGAUAUAUUGAUGCCUCGAUUCACAACUUAUUGCAGUACAACAAAUGGUCAAAAUUUAUUCGGAAAUAAAAAACGUUUGGAUAAGUUACUGUCAUUUUUACCGGUUGAGUUAAAAGAUCUUCGUGAACGACUUUUAGAUGAGUGGUCUACCGAUACUCAAGAAAACAAAGAAGAAGUAUCUACAAAAAGAUGGAACACAUUAAGAAAGUUUUUGAAAGAAAAUGGUCGCGCAAAUGUUUUGAAGGAAAUAGUCUUAAAUUUCACAUACCCUAGACUAGAUGUUAAUGUGUCAACAGGUCUUAAUCAUUUACUGAAGAGUCCAUUUUGUGUGCAUCCGAAAACUGGUUAUAUAUGCAUACCAUUUAUUCCACAAGAAGUCGAUAAACUUGAUCCAUUUAAUGUACCAACAUUAAAUGAACUUGUAGAACAGCUUUCUUCUGUAACAAAUAAUGAUCAUGAUUGUGGUAAUAAUGAUGAAAAUAUUUCAUCCAAUGAUAGACAUUUAUUAUCGUUUAAGAAUACCUCUUUAAGGUCUUCAAUUGAAUAUUUUGAGACUUUCAUAAAACAUGUUUUAAAAGCAGAAAAUUCAUGUUUUAAUGUUAAUCAAGCUGAGGGUAAUUCAGAUUCAUUUAAAUCUAUUCCUGUAUUUUAACACUUCCUUUUGUAAAAGAGAUUUUAAAGACAGUAUAUGAAUUAUGUUAUAUUAUUAUUAUUAUUAUUAUUAUUGUUAGUAUUCAAAAGCUUUUUUAUUUGUACACCAUGUUAAUAUUUCUCAACUCCGACUUCAUUACAGUCAACAGCAUUACUUCUAUCCUCUUCUUUCUUAUCGUGCUAACUAGAGUCAAGAGGAUCAGUUAAGUAGUUGGAGCUUUUUGAUCAUAACCUCAAUGUAUCAAUUAAAAACACACUUAAAUUGAUCUUUUGUAUAUCAAGUAUAAUGGUUAGAAUUUAUGUACUGACUUUUUUGUCACAUAGUGGAAAUCAUAGUAAAAAUUUAUUAGAAUUUCAUGAGCAUAGUUCACACCGAACAAUUUAAUGCGACGGAAAUUCGUCUCAAUCGAUAUUGGUUUCCUUUCUUAUAAGUCGUUAUGUCUCAUGGACGAACGCAGUUGCUUACAAAUUAAAUCAUAUUAAAGGAUAAUGUCUUGAUGAGAAAUAUUGGACAAACACAGAUAAAAAACAAAAUUUAUAAGACAACAUUCUACUGUAGUUAUUUUAGUAAUACAUUUUUUUACGUCUAAUCAUGUUGGACAUCUCACGUGUGUACUUAAUUUUUUCACUGAAGCACAUUAUGAAGUAGAAUUUCUUAUUUAAUAAAGUUCCGCUUUCUAGAUCUCGGGGAUAAAAAUAAUAAGCUAAAAAGGUGUGUCACAAAGGUACUUAUAACUGUUUUGGUCUAAUUUAUAACACUUGUCCAAGAUGCUCCAGGCGAGCGACUUUACCAACCCAUAUUCGUAGAUUCUUUUCAAAGGAGAGGCUUGAACAAUUUUUAACGGAAAAAUGGAUUUCCACAGCAUUUUUUUUACUGAACACACAAAAACGGUGGAAAUAUCAAGCAAAAUAUAACUCAUAAGUAAAUGUUGUUUUUAUUCUGCCUCUCUCCAUUGUUCCAUUCGAGUAGUGGGGUUAGGCAGGGUUGCCCA